AUGUGUCCCUCCCGCGGCUCCUCCGCCGCGCGCCGCCGAAGCCCGCUCGGCCCGGGACGGGCCCUCCCGGCCCGUACGCCGCCGCUGCCCCGCGGGAGCCCGAGCGCCGCGCCCCGCGCCGUCUCCCUCCGCCGAUGCCCCGACGCCGCGUCCUCGCCGCCGUUCCCGACGUCGCCGCCGCUCGUCCCCGCGCCCGGCGAGCUCCCCGCUGCUCCGCCGUCCUUCGCCCCGCGGCCCAACUCCGGCGCCUCCCCCGUCCGGUCGCCGCCUCCCUCCCCCGUCUCCUCUCCGCUCCGUCCAGUAGAUGUGGUGCCGUAUGGCCUACCGAUUGUCGUCGGCGUCGGUAGGGAAUUUGGAUUUGGCCCCACUCAUGAUCCUAAUCUGGACGAAGAUGAGCGACAGGUGUAG